AUGCCCUCACUCACAUUUUACGAAGCCUCGCCUCUCAUUCGGCUUCAUCAGGAACAAAUCACAGAGGCAGCGACAAUGGACCACCACCACAACAGUAGUCACUUUGAAGAGGCAUCCGCUGUCUCUGCGGAAACGAUUGCUGAUACUUUUUCUACCACUGAUACAGAAGAUGAUCUACCCUUGAUUGAACUGUCCUCUGAGUACUCGGCUAAUGAAAAAGAUACCCAGAAGGUUCAUGUUCAGGAAGGUGUCCUGGCACAGCUUUGUUCGACGGCCAUUGCCGUGGCCGAGCUUGUGACUACAGCUAGAGACAUUGAAUCUGGAUGGUUGGCCAGAUCCCCCCGAGCCGAGUUUAUCAGUGCUACAUUUGUCAAGCCGGAUGCGUCUACUGGCUUGGGAUUCAAUCUUUGCAACAAAGAGCCUCGCAUCGCUUCGAUCCUGGAUGGCAGCCUGGCUUCCUCCUCGCCAUUGAGAGUGGGUGAUCGACUCAUUUCAAUCAACAAGAAACAGUGUAGUUCCAUGCACAGUGCUUCCAUCAGAAAGCUAUUGCAGUCUUUGAUGGGACCGAUAGAAAUCGUUGUUCACAACAAGGGUGGUUCCCCUGUCUUUGUGGAAAGCAUGGUCACCAAAUCUCACAAGCGAGAGCCCAGUGGACUGGUACUCAAACGAUCUGGAGACGAUGGCAAAUUGCUUGUCUCAAAUAUUCGCGAGGGACAUGUCUUUGUGAAUUCCCUUAUCAACAAGGGUGAUGAGAUGGUGUCCAUCAACCGAAUCGCGUGCCACCACUUAUCAGCAGUUGAAGCUGCCAGUAUCGUCAAGGAAACACCAAAGCAUGUCACUGUCAUUGCCCGAACCUUGAGGGAGACUGGUGUGGUGGUGGCAGAGUUACCAUCGACAGGGAGAGAGUUGAGAGCGGCUUCCAAUCACAGCACUGCUGCGGCCGCUGCCCUGCGAACGAACAUUUCCCCGCCACUGGAACUUUUUACAACCCGCCAACAAAUUGUGUGUGCCGUUCUGGGACUGCUGGGGCUGCUUGUGGUCGUGGCCAUUAUUCUCACCAAUUCUUUUAGGGACCAUGAUGGAUACAUGUACAGCGAGGACUAUCCAUACCAAUGGCACGAUGGACAGUACGGCAGCAAUGACGAAGACAAUAAUUACAACAAUACGCCCAGUGUCAACAUGGCACAUGGUACCUAUGGUUGUUGGAGUGUCAGCUCAUGCUAA